CCAGCUCCAGGGCCAUUCCUCCCAGCUCUAGCAAUCAUCCCCACUCCCAAGCUGAGUAACCCCUACCAUGAUACUACUGAGGACUGCUCUCCUCCUCACUCUGCUCCUGGUCCCUGGCACCCCUGGUCAGAGACGGAAGAAGCCCCCACAGCCUCUGGUUCCCAUUGACAAAAUCCAGCCUCAGGUCAACUUCAACCCACAUCAGUUUUCAGGAACAUGGCUCCUUGUGGCUGUGGCCUCCAAAUGCAGCCAUCUGCUGGAGUCUAGCCACAGGUCGGAGGCCACGCUGAUGCAGGUUGCAGUGUCCAGCCCGGGGUUGGCUGUCAACACAUUCAGGAAACUGGAUGGGAUCUGCUGGCAAAUCAAACAAAAGUAUGGGCCCACCAAGCUCGAGGGCAGAUACCAUCUCCAAGGCCGACGAAAACGAAGCAGUGGUGUGGAAGUGGUGGUAGGGGAAACAGAUUACCACCAAUAUGCCAUCUUGUACUAUCAGAGGGACCAGCAAUUCUCCAUAAAGCUCUAUGACUACUUCAUUUUUCCCCUUGUAGCUAGGUCCUUCCCUGUUAGUGAUGAUGUCUUGAGCAGGUAUGAGCAACGUGUCACUGAUGCUGCACUAAGUGAAGACUUCACCUUUUACUUCCCUACCUAUGGGUUUUGUGACUCCUCCCAUGACUUCCAGAUCCUGGAUGUGUAUGUUGCCCUGUAGUCCUGUUUUUUGCUAUGACAUGAAAAGCUGAGUCUGAACGGAGAGGCCGGGGCCUGGCACAGUGCACUCUCCACUGAGAGGGCAGAGGGCUUAUCAGCUGCUUCCAGGGCCUCAUCAUGACUGCUGUCCAUUCAGAGAUCAGGGCCUAGUUCCCAAGAGUCCAGGCCUGGUGCUUUCUCCAGACCUUUGACCCCCCUAUCUCCCCAAUCCUCUAAGCCAAUGACCCUAAUUACAAUGACCUCUGAUUGUGCUGACCCCUGACCCUAGCAGGGCCGUUAAUUUCCAGGUGACUCUAGCUCUUUGGCCUGCCCAGUGUCUGAAGGCAUUUCCCAAGUCCAUAAGGCACUUAAGGACUGGUGAGACUGAAGUAUGAGGGUGAUUUGUUUUUUCAUUAAAAUUGUUCCUGUCCCAUCUGA